GUUGGCUUCGAAACUGGUCAUCAGUGCGAGUCUGGACGUCGAUCAGGCGCUGAACUAGAAGCAAAGCGGAACAGUUGCGAAAAAUAAGAAACUAAAAACCCGGAAAUUAUUUCGUUAUAAGAAGAACUAAUCUACAGGAUAUUAUGGAAUAACGUGUCUAGAAAAUCAUUUCACGACUUAAAAAAGAUACAGUAAGAUGUAAAAAAAUCAAUGGCUUUUGUGGAAACAUCGCCAGCGAAAGCUACCCCAAAAGUGUCUAGACAUUCUAAUCCUUAUCACAUAAAGCGACCCAUGAACGCCUUCAUGGUAUGGUCGAGGCUUCAAAGAAAGAAAAUAUCAAUGAUGAACCCAAAGCUGCACAAUUCAGAGAUCUCCAAACGAUUAGGACUGGAAUGGAAGAGUUUAGAUGAGACCGAGAAGAGGCCAUUUAUAGAUGAAGCAAAGAGACUAAGGUUAAAACAUAUGCAAGAUUAUCCGGAUUAUAAAUACCGUCCCCGGAGAAAGAAUAGACUGGAUCCGACUUUUACGAACCCCGCAAUUUAUACAACAAGAGAAACCUUCGUGGAGAUGGAACCACGAACAGAGCCGAACUAUCAGAUUCCUUUAACUUAUUCGGAGCAGUUUAUGUAUAAUAAUAUGAUCAGUUACAGUGUACCUCCGAUGCCGCAAGCAACUUUUGUCCCUACACCGAUGAGGCCUAAGGAAGAGGCCAUUCCUAGUCUCGAUUUGAGACCUUUACCAUCUAUUGAGAGCAUAUCUCCAAGACCUUUUGCAGUGGUCAACCAACAGAUGAUGGUGAAGGCUUACCAGGACCUGCAUUACGUGCCUAACGACGUCACUAGGAUAUCUUACCAUUAUCCAUUUGGUGUUCAGUAAAUGUUAUAUUGUUUAUUGUUUCACAGUUGUUAAAGGUAUGUGAUGUAACAGCAGGUAUGGGAUACCAAAGUGAGAAUACUAGCUAUUAGACAAAUAAUAAAAGGAACUGUUGCAAAACUAUAGUGUAAAAGAUACUGUCAUUGUUUAAAGUUUACGCAACGUUCUAAUAAUUAUGAUUUUGUUAUGAUUAUGAAUUUGUAGUUCGUCAAUGUCAUUAAAUUUUUGGAAUAAAUUCGUUAAUUUUUA